CUCACAGACGGGAUUUUGUGUUUCAUAAAAUGUUUUAUUGCUAACGUAUUAAUAAUAAUAAUAAUAAUACAGAUUCCAGGCGUUUAACGCGUAUUUUCUUGACUAGGAGUCGCGUUCCCUUUUAGGUCAAUGCUUUUACUCUGAAAAUAAAUGAGCCAAACCGGAAGUACACUUAAAAGCCCGACUUCCGUGUUCUUGUUGCCUUCACGCACAUCCGCCGCAUCAAAUCCAGUGGCAACAGCCUAUACUUGGCCCCCAGAUGGAGGAGGUCAAGAGGAGGGGCCAGGCUCUCCUCAACUCAGGCCAGGUCCAGGAUGUCCGGGCUGAGGUCCAGAAGCUGGCCGCCUUCUGCCUGCCUCUGUCCCAGAAGUACCAUCACAUCAAGGCGGAGACCAUGCUGAAGGAAAACGUGUCCGGUAGCAACAAAGCCGAGGUCUUGGAGUCGUUGGGCAGACUGGUGAAAGCUCUGAGCAUCCUGGAGAAGUACGGCUGCAACCUGACGAGCUCCACCAGGCCCAAGUACUGGCGCAGCGUCAAGCACAACAACCCGGUUUUCAAAACGACAGUGGACGCCAUGCAGGGCGGCCGGCGAGUCCUCUUCCUUUACGGCUACACCAACAUGCAGCUGGACGGACUCAGUUUCCCCGAAGAAGUCACCGAACCGGAUCAGGAAAAAGUGUCCAUGGUGACGCUGGAGGUUAUGACUUUACGUUCGGAGUUGGACAUGCUCAUUCAGGGGACACACCCUCACCAGGGACUCUUCAAAGACGUCGUCCCGUUUGUCGUCCGACAGGAUGCGAUGGCCGCCAAAGUGGACGGGAUCCCACCGAAAGGGGAGGGGCCUGCACGCAAGCCACCACCCGUGCUGCCUAAACCCAAACUAGGCCUCGGACACUCUCUGAAAAAAACAUGCUUGAGUCAGUGCCAUCUGUGUGGCGGCAGAACAGCUGUCCAUUGCCCCUCGUGUGACGGUCAAGCCUUUUGCGACGAGUGUGACGACCGCUUUCACCGCCACCCUGCCAGGACCAACCACAAGCGAGAGAGAGGACUGGAAGCCCCGCAGGACAUGUGUACCAUCUGCGGCAUGUCUCCCGUCCACGCUCAGUGCGCCACGUGUGUGCAGAGGUUGUGUGAGAAGUGCGACGGGCUCUUUCACUCGCACCCCGAGCGCAAAGGCCAUACCCGGACGGUGGUCACGCCCGCCCAGAAGACAAGCAGUGGGUCUUCAUCCGCGUGGACGUGCGUUCACUGCGCCACAGUCAACAAGCCGCCAGACGCCGUGUGCGUCACCUGCAAACGCGGGCCCGGGUCCCCCAACACAGAGUGGUGCUGCAAGAGCUGCACGGUCAUCAACCAAGGAAGCAGCAUCCUCUGCGAGGUGUGUGAGCGCCCCCGCCUGGCCCCUCGCCCGUCCAUCACCCCUGUGCCUGCAGGCCCGGCUCCUGCCUCCAGCAACGAAGCGCAGUGGACAUGUCAGGUCUGCACCUUCGUCAACGCCGUGUCCACGCCGACGUGUGAGAUGUGCAAGUCUACGGCGGACCCAGGCGGACAACCGUCGCCACCACUGAAGACCCCGCCCUCUGUAAAGCCCCAUCAAGUCCCACAUGGCUCGAAGCCCGUGCCGAAGCCCAGGUCGUCAUUGGCGCUGAAGAAGCAGGACCGCAUGCGGGAAGACGGACGCAAGCUCAUCUGCCAGAUCAAAGAGGCAGAGAAGCGAGGCAUCAGUCCCGAGGAAGUGUUCGCCGCGCUCCGCGCGUGCAAGGGCACCGGCGUCGACCUGUGCGACUGGCAGGAGUCAGAACUGCCGCACCUGCUGGACGAAAUCUGCGCCAUGGCCAACUCGGUCCACGCCAGCGGUCCCGACGGGGAGGGUGUCAGGCUGUCCCGAGCUGAGGCCAAGCUGGCCUGGCUGGCGACGGGCGGCGACAUCGAGUGGGCGGCGAGACAACUGCUGAGAGACCGACAAGUUAAGAUGAGGGAGCUUCAGUCCCUGGGCUUCAGGGACGUGUCGCAGUGCGAGGAGGCCAUGCGUCAGAGCGGCGGCGACUUGAAGGGCGCCCUGUCCAUACUGCAGCGCCCCCUCCUGGACCCCUUCCACCUGCACAUGUGGAGCGAGCAGCCCGAGCCGCCAAUCGACCCCAAAGACCCGGACAAAGAGAGGAUGUGCCGCCGUCUCCUGGCGCUGUACGACCUGCCCAGCUGGGGGCGCUGCGAGCUCACCCUGUCGCUGCUGCAGGAGCCCGACGUGUCGUACACCCUGGAGGACGUGGUGGAAGCCGUGAAGGAGUCGCACGACCGCGACUUCAUCAGGCGCGUCCUCAACAACGAGUGUCCGUGCUGCCUCAGCGUCUUCCCGCACAGCAAGAUGCGCUCGCUGACCUCGUGCCAGUGCGCCGUGUGCCAGGAGUGCUUCACGCAGCACUUCACCAUCACCGUGCGGGACAAACACAUCCGGGACAUGGUGUGUCCCAUCUGCCGCGAGCCGGACAUCAACGACCCCGAGCAGCUGGACAGCUACUUCUCCACGCUGGACAUCCAGCUGAGGGAAUGUCUGACGGCUGACGUCUACGACCUCUUCCACAAAAAACUGACGGAGCACGCUCUGAUGAAGGACCCCAAGUUCCUGUGGUGCUGCCAUUGCACGUCGGGCUUCAUCAAUGAAGGCGAGCAGCUGAAAGUCACAUGUCUGUCCUGCUGCAAGAGUUUCUGCGCUCAGUGCAAGAAACCAUGGGAGCCUCAGCACCAGGAUCUGACCUGCGGGCAGUUCCAGCAGUGGAAGAGGGACAAUGACCCGGAGUACCAGAAGCAGGGCCUGGCUGGCUACCUGAGAGACAACGGCAUCACCUGUCCUCACUGUCGCUUCCAGUACGCGCUGACAAAAGGCGGCUGCAUGCACUUCACCUGCUUCCAGUGCAGGUACCAGUUCUGCAGCGGCUGCAACAACCCCUACUACAAGAUGUGCUGCAGGACAGAGGAGUGCAGCUACACGGGCCUUCACGCCCACCAUCCUCGCGACUGCCUCUUCUACAUGCGGGACUGGGAGUCGGCCAGACUGCAAGCUCUGCUGCAAAGGAGUGGCGUGGACUUCAACACGGAGCCUUCCGAUGCACAGCAGACAGAUGCGUGCGGCGUGAUGGAGCAGAAAGACGAAGGAGGUCAGCAGAUCGAUUCCCCGUGUGGCGGCCAAUCUCAGCCUGGCCAGGCCGGACUCUGCGAGAAGCACUACAGAGAAUACCUGGUGAGUCUGAUUAACGCCCACUCCAUUGACCCCGCCCCUCUGUAUGACAACCACGACCUGGUCCGGGCCUGCGAGAGGUACCAGGUGGACAAGCAGCGGGGAGAGGGCGAGGACGACGCCGCUUACCACGCUCGUCUGCUGAAGAAACUGAUGGAAGUUCCCCUCGGUGAAAAGGUUCCCCGAAACAAAUAAAAGAGCAGAAUAUCUCCUACUGACACCAGGGGUGUCCAAACUUUUCCCACUGAGGUCGGCACGCUGAAAAAUCAAAGCAGGCGGGGGCCGUUUUGAUAUUUCUCAUUUUCAAAUACAAUAUUUUUUCAACCUUUUAGAGCUUCCCUCAAGUUUGGUCUCAGUCAUAAAAAUGUUUUUAAAAAGUCAUAUAUUUGUAUUUUUUAUUAGAUGCCUAAAUCUCUACAUCAAAUUAAGAUCUGUGUCGAUAGAAAGUACAUUUUUGAAGUUUUACUACCUUUUUGCCAGUACCCUGUUUUUGUGGCAGUAACACAAAAUAUUCAAUACUUUCCCCCAAAAGUGGAAUAUUUGAUGUGAAGUAAUUAGAGCCUGAAAUAGGUCAAUAAUUCAUAACAUAGAUUUUAAUUCAUUAUUAUGUUUGGACAAAUGACAGGUUAAAAAUAAGAUUAUUGGGAAUACAAAAAGGCCCAACUCAUAAGUGUUAAAAAUUAAUAUUUAAUUAUUUUUUCUCUCUAGAUCAAGUUAAGAACUAUCAGUCGGUUUUCGUCAUUUUUUCAUGUUUGUUUUAUGCCUUUUUUGUCAAAAAUAUAUAUUUUUUUAUAUGGCAAACACAAAAUAUGCAAUAUUUUCCCCUCAAAAUAUUUCAAAGUGAAAUAUUUGUCAAGUAAGUGGAAUAUUUGAUGUGAAGUAAUGAAAUAGGUCAUUAAUUCAUGACAUAGAUUUUAAUUCAUUAUUAUGUUUUGACAAAUGACAAGUUAAAAAUAAAAUCCCACUAAUAUUAUUGGGAAUACUGCGAUGAGGUGGUGACUUGUCCAUGGUGUACCCCGCCUUCCGCCUGUGUGCAGCUGGGAUAGGCUCCAGCACCCCCCGCAACCCCAUAAGGGACAACAGGUAGAAAAUUAAUGGAUGGAUUAUUGGGAAUACAAAAAGACCCAACUAAUAAAAGUGUUAAAAAUAAUUCUAGAUCAAGUUGAGAACUAUCAGUCGGUUUUCAUUAUUUUUUUCAUGUUUGUUUUAUGCCUUUUUUGUCAAAAAUAACUGUUUUUUUUAAAUGACAAACACAAAAUGUGCAAUAUUUUCCCCUCGAAAUAUUUCAAAGUGAAAUAUUUGAUGUCAAGUAAGUGGAAUAAUUCAUAACGUAGAUUUUAAUAGGCUCCAGCACCCUCCACAACUCAAUAAGGGACAAGCGGUACAAAAUGGAUGGAUGGAUUAUUGGGAAUACAAAAAGGCCCAACUCAUAAAAGUGUUAAAAAUAAAUAAUUCUAGAUCAAGUUGAGAACUAUCAGGUCGGUUUUCGUUAUUUUUUCAUGUUUGUUUUAUGCCUUUUUUGUCAAAAAUAACAGUUUUUUUUAUAUGGCAAACACAAAAUAUGCAAUAUUUUCACCUCGGAAUAUUUCUAAAAGUGAAAUAUUUGUCAAGUAAGUGGAAUAUUUGAUGUGAAGUAAUUAGAGCCUGAAAUAGGUCAAUAAUUCAUAACAUAGAUUUUAAUUCAUUAUUAUGUUUUGACAAAUGACAAGAUAAAAAUAAAAUCCCACUAAAAUUAUUGGGAAUACUGCGAUGAGGUGGCAACUUGUCCAGGGUGUACCCCGCCUUCCGCCCGUGUGCAGCUGGGAUAGGCUCCAGCACCCCCUGCAACCUCAUAAGGGACAAGCGGUAGAAAAUGGAUGGAUGGAUUAUUGGGAAUACAAAAAGGCCCAGCUCAUAAAAGUGUUAAAAAUUAAUAUUUCUAGAUUAAGUUGAGAACUAUCAAGUCGGUUUUCGUUAUUUUUUCAUGUUUGUUUUAUGCCUUUUUUGUCAAAAAUAACUUUUUUUGUAUAUGGCAAACACAAAAUAUGCAAUAUUUUCACCUCGAAAUAUUUGUCAAGUGGAAUAUUUGAUGUGAAGUAAUUAGAGCCUGAAAUAGGUCAAUAAUUCAUGACAUAGAUUUUUAAUUCAUUAUUAGGUUUUGACAAAUUAAAAAUGUUAAAAAUAAAAUCCCACUAAAAUUAUUGGGAAUACGGCGAUGAGGUGGUGACUUGUCCAUGGUGUACCCCGCCUUCCGCCUGUGUGCAGCUGGGAUAGGCACCAGCACCCCCCGCAACCCCAAAAGGGACAACAGGGAGAAAAUUAAUUGAUGGAUUAUUGGGAAUACGAAAAGACCCAACUAAUAAAAGUGUUAAUAAUAAAUAAUUCUAGAUCAAGUUGAGAACUAUCAGUCGUUUUUCAUUAUUUUUUUCAUGUUUGUUUUAUGCCUUUUUUGCCAAAAAUAACUGUUUUUUUGUAUAUGACAAACACAAAAUGUGCAAUAUUUUCCCCUCGAAAUAUUUCAAAGUGAAAUAUUUGAUGUCAAGUAAGUGGAAUAAUUCAUAACGUAGAUUUUAAUAGGCUCCUGCAACCCCAUAAGGGACAAGCGGUACAAAAUGGAUGGAUAGAUUAUUGGGAAUACAAAAAGGCCCAACUCAUAAAAGUGUUAAAAAUAAAUAUUUCUAGAUUAAGUUGAGAACUAUCAAGUCGGUUUUCGUUAUUUUUUCAUUUUUAAAUGGCAAACAUAAAAUAUGCAAUAUCUUCCCCUCGAAAUAUUUCAAAGUGAAAUAUUUGAUGUGAAGUAAUUAGAGCCUGAAAUAGGUCAAUAAUUCAUAACGUAGAUUUUUAGUUCAUUAUGUUUGGACAAAUGACAGGUUAAAAUAAAAUUAUUGGGAAUGCAAAAAGGCCCAACUCAUAAAAGUGUUAUGUAUUUUUUCUCUCUAGAUCAAGUUGAGAACUAUCAGUCGGUUUUCGUUAUUUUUUCAUGUUUGUUUUUCACCAUUUUUGUCAAAAAAUUACUUUUUAAUUUUUAUAUGGCAAACACAAAAUAUGCAAUAUUUUCCCCUUAAAAUAUUUCAAGGUGAAACAUUUGAUGUCAAGUAGGGAUGUCCGAUAAUGGCUUUUUGCCGAUAUCCGAUAUUCCGAUAUUGUCCAACUCUUUAAUUACCGAUACCGAUAUCAACCGAUACCGAUAUCAACCGAUAUAUGCAGUCGUGGAAUUAACACAUUAUUAUGCCUAAUUUGGACAACCAGGUAUGGUGAAGAUAAGGUACUUUUUAAAAAAAAUAAUAAAAUAAGAUAACUAAAUUAAAAACAUUUUCUUGAAUAAAAAAGAAAGUAAAACAAAAUAAAAACAGUUACAUAGAAACUAGCAAUUAAUGAAAAUGAGUAAAAUUAACUGUUAAAGGUUAGUACUAUUAGUGGACCAGCAGCACGCACAAUCAUGUGUGCUUACGGACUGUAUACCUUGCAGACUGUAUUGAUAUAUAUUGAUAUAUAAUGUAGGAACCAGAAUAUUGAUAACAGAAAGAAAUGGGGGGAGGGAGGUUUUUUGGGUUGGUGCACUAAUUGUAAGUGUAUCUUGUGUUUUUAUGUUGAUUUAAUAAAAAAAACAAAAAAAACGAUACAGAUAAUAAAAAAACCGAUACCGAUAAUUUCCGAUAUUACAUUUUAACGCAUUUAUCGGCCGAUAUUAUCGGACAUCCCUAAUGUCAAGUAAUUGGAACUUUGAAGAUGUCAAUCAUUCAUAACAACAUUGAUUUUGAUUCCAUAUUCUUUUUAGCAAUGACUGCUAUAAAGACAACAGCCUUGUGUUAUUAGAGUCAACAUUUGCAACUUUUUCUCGAAACAUUUCACCUUUUUGCUCUUUUAUUUAUAUAUUAUUUUUAGACUGUGCCGUGGGCCCUUAAAAAAAGGAGCUGCCAGCCACACUUUGGACACCCCUGUUAUAAACACUGAUAAAAAAAACAAAGCAUGUUCCAAUGUUCAACUUGAGAGGGGAUAUAGAAGCUGUUCUCUCCCGUUACCUUCUGUCUGAUAUGGCGUGUAAAGCCGCUGGACAAGUACCGGUAAGUAAAAAAAAAAAAAAAAAAAAUCAUAUUUCAUCCCUAUUCUAUUUUUGCUGAAUACAUUUGUAUUUCAACAAUGUCCUGUUACUGUAUUUCUCUAUCAUUUGAUUCUAAAUGGCACUUUUGACAAUCAGUAUUCUAUCCUACAGUUUUAUUCUUGUUCAUUUUCACUGGAAUGUUUAAGCUUUGCCACUGGUGAAGAGCAAUAAACGUCUACACGUUCCGCUUCA